CGCUGGAGUGGUUGCCAUAGGAACGAGGAAAGCCGAUCUCAGGAUUACAGCAGACAGUCCAAGCAGUUUGAUUAUCGCAGCCUAAAAUCGUUAACAAAGAGCAUUUGAUAUCAGAUAUCAAAUAUCAUAUCCGUCAUGUCCUCUGUUUCCCAGGAGCUGAAAGACACUUCAGCGGCCAGCUCCAAAUGGCUUGACGCUCACUACGACCCAGUCGCCAAUCUGUACACCUUUUCUUCUUGCAUUGCUCUUUCGGAUUUGCACGGGGAUGGCGAGAAUAAGCUGGUGGUGGGUGAUCUCGGCACAGGAGUGUGUAACAUGAAGCUAAAGGUGUACCGUGGUACUGGUCUUUUGAGUGAAAGCACCCUGCUGGACCUGCCCACUGGCCUGGUUUCCUUUCUCAUGGACCUGCAUGAGCCACGAACGCCAGCCAUCGCGGUGGCCUCCGGACCCUUCAUCUACGUCUACAAGAACCUGAGGCCCUACUUCAAGUUCACGCUGCCUAGUCUGGAGGUGAACCCUCUGGAGCAAGAUGUCUGGAGUCAGGCAAAGGAGGACAUGAUUGAUCCAAUGACGCUUAAAGAAAUGCUAGAAGGUUUAAGGAACAAAGCAGAAAUUCCACUCUCUGUCAGAUCACUACGGUUCCUCAUGCUUGAGCCACAGGAAAUGGAGAAUUUCGUUCAUCUUCAUAAAGAACAACCUAUACGAAGACAGACGGUCAUUACCUGUAUAGGGACGCUGAAGAAGAACAUGGCAGAUGAGGAUGCAGUUAGCUGCCUGGUGAUUGGCGCAGAAAACGGUGACGUUUACAUACUAGACCCCGAGGCCUUUACCAUCCUCUACAAGAUGACACUUCCCAGUACGCCUACCCUGAUGGACGUAACGGGUCAGUUUGACGUGGAGUUCCGUAUCACUGUGGCAUGUCGCAACGGCAACAUCUACAUAUUACGCAGGGAUUCCCCGAAGCCCAAGUACUGCAUUGAACUGUCCUCUCACCCAGUGGGACUGGUGAGGAUGGGAAAGAAUGUAGUUGUAGGAUGUACUCAUGAGACACUGCACGGUUACACCCAAAAGGGGAAGAAGCUGUGGACCGCUUAUUUGCCAGCCCCCGUUACCACCAUGGCACUGAUGGAGCUUCCCACACGGGGAUUCCAGGCUGUGCUGGUGGGUCUGGCCAACUGUGAAGUACACAUGUACAGAGACAAAAAUCUGGUCAGCACCAUCAAGACACCAGACGUAGUGACAAGCAUUUGUUUCGGACGUUAUGGACGGGAAGACGGCACGCUCAUAAUGACCACCAAAGGAGGAGGUUUGAUCGUGAAGAUCCUCAAGAGGACGGCUGUGUUUGACGACAGGGACUCGGCCCCUGGACCUCCGAUAGCCCAGAGCAUUCGUUUGAAUGUGCCCAAGAAGACCAAGCUCUACGUGGACCAGACACUGAGAGAACGCGAAAAUGCAGUCGCCAUGCACCGAGCUUUUCAGAUGGACCUGAGCAGGCUGCGUCUCGCUGCAGCACGGGCCUACGUCAAAGCUCUGGAGUCCAGCCUCACGCCCAUGUCGGCGAGUCUGACCGAGCCCCUCAAGAUGAACGCCGUGGUUCAAGGGUUGGGUCCGUCCUUCAAGCUCACGCUGAACAUCCAGAACACUGCAGCGUGUCGUCCGGUCAUGAACCUAGCCAUCAGUUUUCUGUACGAUGAAAACUUAUACAGCAUGAAGACGGCCUUUUUCAAGAUCCCCCUGCUGGUUCCAGGGCUGAAUUACCCCAUUGACACUUUUGUUGAGUGCUUGAGUGACAAAGGCAUCUCUGACAUCAUCAAAGUGUUUGUGCUGAGGGAAGGAAAGAGUGCUCCUCUCCUCACCGCCCACAUCAACAUGCCUGUGAGUGAAGGACUGGCACUGAACUGAGAGCCAAUCACAAACUUCUAGCUGAGCUUCACAGGCGUCUUCGACUCUCG